UUCUCGACAUCUAGGCCCUGAUCAAUAAGCCGCCCGAGCAGCAGCCGAGCCGAAGGAAGAGCCACUGCCCUUGCUUGUGUGCGUCGCAGCAUCUCCUCCGAACCAUCGACCUGCACCAAAAAGCGCCGAAUCUGUCGACUCGACUCGCACUUCGCCGGUCAGAAUGAAAGUAAUACUGUGCGCUACCCUUUUGGCCGUUGUGUGCCACCAGGCUGUGAUGGCCGAGGGCCAAGGCGGCCAGCAGAAGGUGGCCGAGUGGAGUGACAAGUCGCAGGCGAGUGCCGUCGCGAGCACCAACAGCAACGAUGUGCCGCCGUCGCGCCAGGAAAGAGCCGCAAAGGAAGUCAAGAAGGAGAAAAAGGAGAAAAAAGUCAGAGCCGAUAACUGCAAAUACGUCAAGGGUGCCUGGAGCGAGUGUGAUCCCAAGACCAACAUGCGAACCAGAACGUUCACCCUGAAGAAAGGAGAUCCUUCCAACUGCGAGGCGACCAGAGUCAUCGAGAAGAAGUGCAAAAAGGGAAAGUCUGGCUGUCAGUACGAAAAGGGCACCUGGAGCAGCUGCACCCCGACCAACCAGAUGAGCCGCACCGACCGACUGAAGCCGGGUAGUGACCCCAGCUGCGAGGCCACCCGCCAGGUCACACGGAACUGCAAGAACAAGCAGGGCAAGGAGAACAAGCAGAAGGGAAACUCAAACAAUCGCCGAAACAGGCAGUAAAUUCGCAGCUAAGCCACUCUGCCUAAAUAUGCAAGAAAGAACGAUUGGAGAUUAUAUUCUUGAAUCGAUGUGACAAGACACCCUUCAUUCUCAUCAAGAAGUAAAAAUUUGAAAGAAAAAAAACCGCUCUCCCCAUCUCACAGUGAUAGCCCCUUUUACUAUAAACACAUACUAUAGCACAUGCAUACAGAACUUUUAAUUGAUCCGAUUUUUCUCACCUUGAAAAAAAAAAUUAAAUCACACAAGCCUAUACUCAUCACACUUAAACCAAGACAAUUUGUUUUUAUUGGAAACAGACGGACCUUGUGAAAAGUAUCUGCAGAAUUUUGAAAUUUCCAAUUCUAAUUCACCGACUGCUGACGCUUUUUUCUUACUGAAAAAAAAAGACGAGUUUUGAUUAAUUUUUUUUUCAGUGAAAAUUUCAGACGUUCAGACUUUCUGAGUGGCGCUAAAACGACCCUGACUUGCAUAUAAGGUUUUGUAGACAUGCUUGAUGUACAAUUAUAGGGAGACGGUGCCUCUCUCAUAAUUCGACCUACUUCGAAAUUUUUAAUAAAAAAAAAAUUGCGGAAAAUUCUAUUCGGAUUAAAGCAGGAAAAUGAUUGAGAUCGAUUAUGAGGGGAGCGUAAUUGAGACAAUUAUAAAAAAUGAACUAACGAAAAAAUAUCAAAUUCGUUACUUGUAGCUGGACUCUUUUACUCUGGAUACGUAUUUGCAUAAAUAUAUUCAUAUAUAAUUACAAUUGCGUACUAAUGUUAAAUGUCAUGGAAACUAAUCAAUUCAGACUUUGUAACAGAGUCACAAAUUUAAAAAUAAAAAGCCAACAUACUUCUAGUUCUUCCCAUUUCGUUCUCUCCUCGAUUGUGAUCCCCCAGAAUAAGUUUGGGGUGCCAAAUUCCAUUCUGUAUAUCGAAGUGAAAAACUUACAAUUAAUCCAUAUUAGUAAGUAGAUGUACUUUGAAAAAUAAUAUUUUGUUCCUCGCUCUUCCGUCUCAACUUUUUCAAUCCAAUUUGUGAAUUUUUGUUUUGAAUUUUUUUUUUUAAUUUUAAGUAUAAAUAAAUACAAUUAGUGGCCAUAAUGCACAAUGUCUUAGAGAUGUAUAAUCAGAGAUAAUAUGCAGCGGUGUUAGAAAAGAAACGAAAAUGUUAAACUUGUGCACGCAUCUCAUUAUACCAGAUACACAUUUAUUAAAAAUACUGUGCAAAAGUUGUGUUAGCGGAUUAAGAAGAAGACGUUUGAAAGAAAAACUGCUGCGUACCAAACUACUUGAAAAAAUUACACAUCCAAGUGUAUCUAGCCGACAUUAUUAUUAUUAUUAUUACUACUACUACUACUACAUUAUAUAACUGUAAGCAUUGUAAUUAAGGCAAUUAAAGGUGUAAUGCUUAUAAUGAAAUGUACUUUAAUAAAGCAGUAAACACGGUUAAA